AUGCCCUCAGCAGCCAGACCGACGCGCAAGGGCGCCAAGGUGACGACCGCCGAGCCGACCUCUUCCACUCUCAAAGGCAAGAGCAAGGGCAAGGGCAAAACAUCUUCCACAGACGCCAGCAGCUCUUCUUCCUCUCCCGCUACAAUCCAACGCAAGGCUGCGACUGCAAAGAAAGAUAAAAACUUGGACGCCGAAGCGAAACCUAAAGCUAGACUUGCAAAACCUAGCGAAGCUGCGCGCAAAGCGAAAGAGGUGUCGAAGGAUGUUGGAACGGAUGGAUUGAGCGAGAUUCAGAGUGGAAAGAUGAUCAAAGGGACGAUAGAGAAGAGUGGAGGCAAGAAGCGCACCAGAUCGCAUGGGCAAGAAGCAUCUACCAGACCCAAGAAACAAUCACAGUCCCUCAAGAGCAGCAAGAGCAAAUCGCCCCUCGUAGCUUCCGAACUGGUCAUCUCUGACGAAGAAGACGCCGAGGACUCGGAGGUAGAUGCGGGAGGUGACGAGACCAUCUUGAGAGGAUUGUCAGUGAGCGCUAGCGAGUCUGGAUUGGAGAGCGACUCGGACGAUUCAGAGGAGGAGGUGCUGGACACAUCGCUGGCUGUGGGCGAGCUGGUCAGGUUGCCUAGCAGCAAGCAAGAUGCAGACGUCAAAGCGAGAUUGGAUGCGGUCGCGCGCAAAAAGAACCUCAAAGGAAGCUCCAUCGCAUCCAUCCCUUCCGUGCUCUACUUUGGUCGACUUCCCAAACACUUCAUCGAACCAGCAUUGAAAUCUUACUUGGAACAAUUUGGAAAAGUGAACAGGUUGAGAUUGUCGAGGAAUAAGAGGACGGGCGCUUCGAAGCAUUAUGCGUUUGUAGAGUUUGAGGAUGGCGAAGUGGCAAAGAUUGUUCAGGAGACGAUGGAUAAUUAUCUGAUCGAGGGAAGGUUGUUGCAGGUUAGACAGGUGCCUGCUGCUAGGGUUCAUCCUUCCAUGUGGAUCGGGGCAAAUCGCACUUUCAGAAAGAUCCCAAGAGACAGGCUGGCCAGGGUGCAGCACGACAAGGUGAGUUUGGAUGUGUGGCCCCCUUGGCACACACCAAACCGAACGCAGCUCCGCAUCUCUGUCACUGACUCUGCUCGUCUUGCCACACUCUUUCCAGCCUCGAAAUGCGGAGCAGCGAGCAGAGGUCGAGAGGAAGCUGCUGGAUAGGCAAGAGAAGAAAAAGGCAGCUUUGAAAGCCAAGGGGAUCGACUAUGAUUUCGUAGGAUACGUGAGUACGACGUUUUGCUGGCUCUUCGUUGCCUCGCAUCACUUCGAAAGCUCACACCUGCGUGAUCCCAUUCCCAUAUCAUCAUGUGGCAGGCGUAA